ACGAUGCGAUGCGUGCGGAUCGUAGACACACGUGAUGAGGUAAAAUUCAUAGCAAAGCGUAAUCAGCAUCGAGAUCAAGUGCAGUCGGCGAAACACCACUUCCUAGAGCAAUCCGAAUCGAGUAAUUGCUAAUACGCUCAUUUGGUGUAGCAUUAUACGCUGUGAUACAUGCGCAUCUUGUGCGGAGAAACUAAUUAAAUCGUGCAUGCAGGUGGGACGGACAUGAUUAUUCGUGUACGACUGUGCGGCGGUGUGGUGCACGUACUUUCGAAUUAUUUAAAAACAUCUUCGCCACACAUGUGUUUCAUGUUUAGUGCCACAGGCAGUCUUUCGACUGUCUCCAUACGAAUUUAAUGCUCUACAAAGUUUGAAAAUAUCGAUUUACGAAAUGGAUUUAAAGCUAAUCUCAGCCUGAUAAUAUAUAAUUAAUUUAGUGACGAACAAAGAAAGUGUGGACGCAAUUUUGGGAAUCAUUAAUCUAUUUGGCGCGAGUGUUAUCAAUUUUUAUCAAAUUAUGUUUCUAAAUUUUAAUGAUUUAUCUAAAGUGGAGUGAACGUGCAAGGUUUAAAUUAAAAUUGGAAACUCGAUUAAUCAUUUUUCAUUAUCAUUGACGAGCUAUAUUAAUACGGAUGAGACCAGUUGGAAAUGAGUGAAGUAAAAAUUAAUGGAAACUAGAAUAUUGCGUUAGUGACUUUAUGGUGGCAGCAGUGCGCGUAACGCGAGUUGUGCGUUGAGCAAGUGUUGUGACACUUGACUAGUGGUGCACUUGACUCAUUAUUGUGUCAUCUGUGUCUGCGAGCGGUGUCAUCGAGUAUGUAAACUGGCUGGAUUUCAACAGGAAUGAAUCCGCAAAACCAGCGUAAAAUGUGCACGAAUCGUCGCCGAAGAACGUAGUAUUAUCGAUUAAAUGUUCGAGGCGCGUGUGCAAGUUGCGUGGUGCUAGGAAGCGCGAAAUAUCUGCAGGGAAGAGAAACAUGGAGCACAAAGUGAUGGAUCAGGAGAAGGAUGUUGAUGAUGCAGAGGCUGUGACACCACAUUCUAAUAUGGUACUUGAAUCACCAAAGCCCAUGGCUUUUACAAUAGAUUUUGGGGGAGGAAAAAGUGUGGACAUGCAAAGGCACAAACAUCUGAUCGAAAGGUAUAAACAUAGAAGAGGACAGUCACUAUCAAAAAUUGAGGAUGUGCCUACAGUACCAACUCCAGCAAAAGAGCAGAGAAAGCCACAGAGUGCUAAUUUGCCUAGGAAGGCUAUUUCAGUUGAAGUGGAAUCUCAUGCAGAGGAAAAAACAGACAAAAGUAAAAAUGUGAGAACAGUAAAUUAUAAAUUAAGAGAUGGACUCUCCUUACCAUUGAAAAAUGUGAACAGUGAUCGGAUGACACAAUCAUGUACUUUACCAUGCAUUGAGAGCCCAGACAUUGAACUUGUGGAUGUUCCAGAAGUAUCAACACCUGAAUUAGAGGCUUUAAGACCACCUAGUCCUUUAAAAGGCCAAACACCAGACAAUGAUCAUUUUCUAGUUGAAGAGAAUCAUUGGGUGGGUGGUGGUGAGUUUGAUUUUGAUAAAUCAGAUGCUGUAAGUGAUGCAGGCACAUAUACACUUGAUGCAGAUGCUUAUUCUGAGGAGCAGAAAGCCAGGAUGAGUAUUGAUAGAGAGUUUAAGAUUGAAGCAGUGUCAAAUAUUAAGAAAGUGCAUGAUUAUGUACACAGUCUUGCAAACAUGACAAAUAAUCAAAUGCUUGAUGUGACGCUAGAAUCUCAUUUGGAAGAGGUGCAAUCACAUGCUGUAAAUACAUGCUAUAUGCAUAAUAAUAAAUUAUCACCAAUUGUUUCACCUACUCAAAACUUUUCGAUUAAUAGCGAGUUAACAGGAGGCGCUGCUCACGUAGAAUCUUCAAAGACUUUUAAUAAGAUUAUGUUUCCAAGUCCGAAGGCAAAAACGGGUAUUGGCUCGGAGAAGGUGGUCGAUCACGGAUCAGUCAUAUCGGUCACUUCCAGUGGUGCGUUCCGCAGCAAAGCUGAUAAAAUGCAUGCGCGGAAGUUAAGUUUAACAAAAUCGGAGAUACAUGUCGAGGCCUAUACUGACAACACCCAUACUACAACGGAAAUUCAACGCCCCAUGAGAAAUCUAAGCGCUAAUUUGGUUUUAGUCAGCGAAAAAUUACCAGAUAAGCUGGACAAACAAGGUAGAGUAAACGAUGAGUAUUUACUAACGACGAAUGGCGACGAAAGUUUACCGUUGCAUGUCAGCAAGGUACUAAACUUACCGCCUCCGAUUGGCGGCCCGAUGUCCGGCAAGAUGUCGCCUACGAAAAUCCCGUCCCCGAUACACAGCGUGCGUCCGCGUAGCCGCAACAGCUCAAAUUCAAACUCACUGAACAUAGAUUUAUCUGAUAGCAGCAUGGAGACUGAAUCAUACCUUAGGCCCACCGAAAAGCUUCUUAACACGCUACAGCAACGAUUAUCACUGGACAGCGAUCCUGACAGUGAAGGCGAUGGCAAAUAUCUCAACAACGAUGCGCGAAGUUUGCUCAAGAAGCCAACACACUUGCGGCACAACUCGUUAGACGAGAAAAAUCUGAAAAUCUCCAACAAACUGGAGCACUUUCAGAAUAAGAAGUUCAUCGAUCAAACGAAUGUGUUAAAUCAAUACACGCAUAACAAGGUCGUGCAAUCCCCUAUUCAGCACAAGAUACAGAACUCUCCUAACAAUAGCCCCAUUCGACGUUCGAGCAGUUUCUCUACGAAGAAUCAGAUUAAUACAAAAUUUUCGAACGUGUCGAAUAUUCCUCAGAAGGAGACCAAUAUUCGGAAUUCCCCCGGAUUCGCUCGCAAUGGUUCGAUACAAAGAUCGGCAUCAACGGCAGCUAUCCGACCAAAUUUGGUACGUGUUCCUAGUAGCGAACACAAAAUCGACCGGAGUCAGUACGGCGACACAGAAUCUAGCUCCGAAGAGGACCUGCUGCAAAAUAACCUAAAGAAGAAAGAUAUUACCGCGACGAGAUAUAACAGAGCGUUUAGUUUACGACGAGCUAGGUUGGAUCAUGAAGUAACGCCGCCGCCACAAAUGUGUCCCAACACACCGGAAAUGAGACGGAAGUUCCAACCCUCAAACGAGCGCCAGGAACGUGCGAUUUCUGUGGAUAGAAAGCCGGUCAAGGCGCCGGAUGUGCAAAGCCGGUAUUUGCAAAAUUUAACGAGAACGCGCAGUCAGACGCAAGCUCAAAUGCAAUCGCAGGCGUUGACCAACAAAGCCGAAGCGCCUGUCGCUGCGAUGAAAAGCUCACCCAAGAUCGGAAACACUGCCACCAAGCCGGCGCCUAAAGUACAAGUCUUUUCACGCACGGAUACAGGCAGAUUUAGCAUGCGGACAAACAAACCACCGAUGACAAACUCACAGAAAACCAUUCGCAGGGAUGUACAUCUAAGCAAUAAAAAACCGUCAGGUCCACGGAGCAAUUCCUCGCUGACCAGUAAAGAAGUCGAGUUUCAAAAUUGGAAGCGUCGGAAAAGUUAUGACCCUAUGAAAGCGGCGGCAGAAGGCAAAAAGAAGGCGGAGGCUGCGAAACGACAAAAUGUGAAUCCCAUGACACAAUCUUACCAUGAGGCCAAUCAAGAUGGCGAUAGCUCGCCCUCACAUUCGAGUUCAGUGCAUCGAUCACAAAGUUUUCAUGGUACGGCUGCAUUAGAACAGUACAUAUCUUCGGAGGAUGAAGACGAAGAUCUGACCUUAUCUGCCGAUGAGGGAUUCAGCCCGCCGACGCCGAGUCCAUGCGACAUGAGUCCGAAUCGAACGAACCGAACGAAUCUCAGAUACGCGUGGAAGGAUCAGUUGCAUUGAUAUUCACGUGCACUCAUCCGCAUACAAUUCAUGCAUUCGAACGAUAUAAUAUUAUUAUGCGCUUGAUCAUCAUCAAUUGGUAGCUAAUUUAUUAUUCGUGUCAAACCGCAUCGCACAAACAUUUUAAGCUAAAAGCAUUCAGUUGGGUUGCGAAAGGUGUACAUAGGAAAACUGCAUUCAGGCGAUGCUUUCAUUUUCGUGUGCAAUAUCGUUACGAGCAGAUCAUGAUUCUUUCACAAGCUGUUCAUAAUUUACUUUCAAAAGAUCAGGAACAGUAACAAAAUUUCAACAUAGUUCUCUAUAUUGUUUUAAAAAUGAUGAAAAGAUGACGUAGGAAACCACUUUAAGUUUUAAGUGCUGUUUUACUGUGUUGCUUAUGAACAGCUUCGCUAUUAACCGUAUCUAUUAUUUUAUGUUAUAAUUAUGAAUAUAUUUAAAUGAAAUGAAAGUAUUCGAGGGUUGCAAACUCUUCAUAUGUGAUUUAAAUGGAUUAUUUAAGUAAAACCAUUGAAUAAGUAAGUUUUCAAUUAAAAACUCUUAUUCUAUGGUAUAACUAACAAAAUGAGUGUAUAAUUUCAAGCAUUGAAUGCAGGAACAUUUCAAUCGUGUAAAUUCAUAGUCACUGUCGACAUCGACGUUUUCUAUUACAAAAUCAUGUUUAUUGAAUUAACUAUAUUGGCAUGUUAUUCGUUUUUGAUUAUUUGAUGAGAUUCAUUGGAGAUUUGAUUAGGUUUUAUAAAUUUAUAUAAAUUGAUUGCUAUUAGUAUUGGACUUGGAAGUUUAAUAACUAAUUUUAAUUAAAUCGCACGCAUGUGUAUUUUAUUUAAAUGAUACCAAAAAACGAUUUUGUAAUAUUGUACAUUUUCAUUAUGAUGAAAUUAUGUUACACCUGUUUAAAUUAUAAAAUGCAAACAA